AUGGCUAUGACUGAUGGAGCCGUGAAAACGUUGAAGACCUUAGACCUCUAUGGAAAACAUUCUCUGGCAACAGAGUCAAUCGAUCGACUGGCGUCUACCGAUGGUAAAAAGGCAUGGACUUCUGGUCAGUGGAUGACUGAGAAAAGGGGUGGAAGCGAUGUUGCCGGAGGGUGUGACACCUACGCUAAGCAAAUUGAAGGCGAUAGGGUAUGUUGUGAGUCAAGAAGAGUGUACAGUUGCUAGAU